UCUGCUUUGUCGACAAGGCAGACUUCGCGCGGAGGGUAGUAACCACGCAAACGCUAAAGGGCGGGGAGACUGUGCUGGCUUCAAGCUUGGGACCGUCGUUUCUUGUUCUCUCAUUAACGACGAUCUCUUCUACCGUGGCCGCAGGAGAGACAAGUGAAGCAGGAGAGACGAGGCGAGACGCUCACUUCGGCCGCGUCGAUUUCGCUGGGUCAUGGCCCUCCUGAAGAUGUCGCUGCCGCCCCUCGCCGCCCUCGCCCUGCUGGUCGUUGCUGCCGCAGGUCACGAGCACGACCUGUCCCACCGCCCGCGUAAAGACGUUAAUACCUUUCCUUGGGCGAACCGGUAUCCUGCCUCUUCCUAUCCUUCGUACAGGACCUAUCCACCCGCAGCCACCUAUCCGCCCGCAGCCACCUAUCCGCCCGCAGCCACCUAUCCGCCCGCGCCCUCCUAUCCAGCACCCGCGACCUACUACCCAGGCUCCUAUCCGCAACCUAUCUACGUCACGUACCCGGCUGACACGUAUUACGGCGUGUACUAUCCUUCGCACUACUACCGGCCUGCUUACCCUGCACAGCCUACCCCCACCACUAGCCCCCCUCCCAACACCCCGCCCCCCUACUCCUACCGGCCGACCACCAGUCCCGCCGUCUACACCUCGGCGUUCCCCGCGACCUGGCCCUCUACCCAACCCACCGCUCGCCCCACUGCCCAACCCACCUCCGUGACCUCCCAGCCCACUCCGCCCACUACCCGGCAGCCCAUGUGGCCCACUGGGCGCACGGCGAGGCCGCCGCGCGUCUUCCCGUGGCCGACGGGACGACCAACUCGGCCGCCCAUGUCGCUCGUCUGGCCCACGGAGUCCCGGAAGUCGAAAACGCCCACGCCCGCGCCAGCGGUGUGGCCGACGGGCGCUACGACGGCCCGCCCGCCAGCGCCGCGAUGGCCCACAAACACCCCUGAGGCCACGAGCGGCGGCGACGAUAAGAGCGUGUGGCCGACGAGCCAGCCGGCCACCGAGCCUCCGGCGCCCGUCAGCUGGCCCACCAGCCUGCCCAAGCCGACGCCCCAGGCCAUCAGCUGGCCCACGCCCGUGGCGCCCCAGUGGCCCACGGGCGCCCCCAGCACCGCCCAGCCCUCCACCAUUAGCUGGCCCACGCAGAGGUCGCGGACAGCGAGAACGUCCAGGCCGGCGACGCCGUCGACGACCACGACAAGGAUGCCCUGGUGGAUGGCGUAUGAGGCGACGGAGGCCAGGACGGCCGCGCCCACCGCAGCGACAUCGCCCACCACUACAACCUCACCUACUACAACACCUACAACUACAACUAUACAAACUACAACUACCACAACACCUACUACAACGACUACAGCCACACCUACUACAACUACCACAUCUACAACUGUAACUACACCUACUACAACUACCACAACUACACCUACUACAACCACACCCACAACAACUACAACUUUCCUUCUAAAGCCAAAGAAAAAAACUAAUGUCAAUUGCCGAAAAUUAUGUUUCAGCGAGACGGGAGAAAGAUUCUGUUGUGAUGCAGCUGUUGGAGUUUGUCCCCUGAAGCCAUCUGUCUGCUCAGACGCCAACAUAAUGCGUCGGAUGAGAACAUGCGUGCUUGAUGCCCAGUGCGUGGAUGGGUACAGAUGCUGCUACGACAACUGUAUCGAUGAUUAUGUAUGCAAGAAGACUGUAUUCAUGCCGCAGUCAAAAAUGCGUAAAAUGACGAGGCAGGCGCAAGGAUCAACAGGGGAUCGGCCCUAAAUCCGGUUGCUGGGCAUGAGUUGGAGGGAAUUCUCUGUAAAGAGCGCACUGACGAGGGAGGUGAACUACUGCAGGGAAGAGCCGCACCAUCUGCACGAGAAAUCCUCUUAGGGUCCCUCCCCCCGCCAGACACUCGCCUUUCCAUCCUUUAUAAACUCAGUGUAACAAAGCAGAAAAAUAUUACACAGAGAAUAACUUCACAAUGGUUCUACUUUUUUUCUAUAUAUAUUAAUAAGGCAAUUAAACCUUAAAAAUAUUAUGAUACAUUACCAAAGCAAUUUUAUCAAUACACGAAACAGAUAUACCUAGAUUUUAAGAACCACGAAAAGUAUUACGUUACAAACCAAGUCAUUUUUUCAAAGAAAGAAAGAAAGAGAAAACAAGGAGAGUGGAGAAGGCAAAGGGAAUAGAGAAUGAUGGAGAAAGAGAGAGAGAACAAAAAAA